AUGCGUGCAAUUGAGCCUUGCGAUCCAGAACGAGCUGGAACGGAGGAUCCUGGCUUAAGUCAAGUGUACAGCGCUACUGCCGAGGGUUUUAUAGCGCAAACCCCGGAACCAGCUAUCACCAGAACAGCCUCCGCUCUAAACCCUCCAGAAUAUGAAGUCUACUGGGAUAACGACGAUCCCGAAGACCCGCGUCGCUGGCCGCUCUGGUACAAAGCUCUCACUGUCUUCACGAUGAGCUUCGGUGCUACUGUGGUCAGCCUAGCCAGCACCCUCUACACCUCCGGUAUUCCAGGGUUAGAGGAAGAGUUUCAUAUCAGCAAAAUCGUUGGUCUUCUCGGCGUCACAACCUACCUUCUCGGUAUGGCAUCCGGAAGCAUUAUCCUGGCUCCUCUGAGCGAAGUAACAGGCCGCCGACCAGUCUAUAUCGGCACCAGCGUCAUCUUCGUUCUGCUGAUUCUACCAAGCGCGCUAGCCUCGAACAUCGAAGCCAUCCUGAUCAGCAGAUUCUUCGCUGGAUUCUUUGGAAGCGCAUUACUGGGGAACUCCCCGGCUUCAGUCACGGAUAUUGUGUCGGACGAGCAUCGUGCCUUGGCUUUCGGCUUUUGGUCCAUCGGGCCGGCCAACGGCCCCGUCUAUGGCCCGAUUAUAGGUGGCUUCGUGUAUCAGUAUUUGGGCUGGCGAUGGACGAACUGGAUCGUGCUUAUCGCCGGGGGUGUCGUCGUGGUCUUAAUGGUCAUUCUCAAGGAGACAUAUGCACCGGUGCUUCUAUCGCGACGGGCAGCCCGAAGACGAAAGGAAACACAGUCCGAGAAAUGGUGGACUCGCUACGACGGCGCGCAGGAUCUGGCCUCGCUUCUGAAAACUGGUCUCAGUCGGCCAUUCGUCAUGAUCGUGACCGAGCCAAUCUGUCUCUUCUGGGACAUUUACGUCUCGCUCGUCUACUCCAUCCUCUACCUCUGUUUCGUGGCCUACCCCAUCGCCUUCCAACAAGAGCGCGGAUGGUCCCCGGGAAUCGGCGGUCUCUCGUUCCUAGGGAUAGGGAUCGGCGUCUUGGUCGUGAUCGCAUGCGAGCCUCUCUGUCUCGCCCCCGAAGCCAUGGUGAGUAUAAUAUGCGUGGGCUCGAUUCUACUGGCUAUCGGGCAGCUCUGGUUCGCAUGGACCUGCACCCCCAAUGUCCACUGGAUCGUAUCGAUACUUGCCGGGCUUCCCUUCGGUGCCGGAACGGCCUGUGUGUUUGUUUACGCCAGCAACUAUAUCGCUCACUCGUAUGGCAUUUUUUCCGCGUCGGCGCUGGCGGGGAAUAUGGUUAUGCGCAGUGUUAUGGGAGCGACGCUUACGUUGGCUGGGCCGUCGAUGUAUAAGACUCUGGGGUUGAAUUGGGCUGGGACUCUUCUUGGGGUGGUUGUGACGGUGUGCAUAGCGAUUCCGUUUAGUUUUUAUUUCUAUGGGCACAGGAUUAGAGAGAGGAGUGUUCUCAUCAAGGAGCUACGCGCAAAAUGA